GUAGGAUUACAGAAUCUGAUGAAACAUAAUAGAAUAGAAAAUUAAUAUGGAUUUCUUGCUUUAAAAGUAAAAUAAAAUUCAAAAAAGAAUGUGACAACUGCCAGUCUCUCUCCAGUUCUUCCUUCUGUGUCUCUCCUCCAGAAGACUCCCUCCUCUGCAGUCAGCUGCCACGCUACAGGUUUCUAUCCUGACAGAGGUAUGAUGUUCUGGAGGAAAGAUGGAGAGAAGAUCCAUGAAGGUGUGGAUCCGGGAGAGAUCCUCCCCAACAAUGAUGGGACCUUCCAGUUGAGUGUUGAUUUGAAACUUUCAUCAGUCACACCUGAAGACUGGCAGAGGUACGACUGUGUGUUUCAGUUCUCUAGUGUGAACGAGGACAUCAUCACCAAACUGGACAAAACAGCGAUCAGGACCAACUGGGAAAAGCCCACUGACAUGGGAACCUUCAUCGGUGCUGCAGUGAUUGUUCUAGCUUUCACCAUCGUCACAGCUGUGACAUUCUUGACCUACAUAAAUAAAAAAUCUCCUGACGAUGGCUCUGAGCAGUCUGAGAGACUAAAUCCACAAAGCUGACUGUCCUAAGAAGUUCUUCACUCCGCUCUCUGUAUGACUUUCCUCCAGUUGCUGCUGUCACCUCAGUGUUUCAAAUACAUAUGUUAAAAACACCAGUGAAUCAAUUAGGCACAGUUAAUGAUCACAUUCUGCUGCACUUGUUGUAAAUUAGUGCAUGGUCAGACAUCUGUAUGCAGCUCCUGUGUGUACAUUUCAUGCAUUUGUGAUUUUAUUUUGCUUCAGUAUGUAGUCAUGGUAUCGAUGCAGCGGUAUCACAAGUCUUCUACAAAGCAAAACUAACUUUAUUGAUGGAUAUGUAUGUGAU